GAAUGACUUCAGAAACAAUUUUAGAGGUUGGAGGUCGUUAUUGUGAUUGUUUUCAUUCGUCAACAAUCAACUGACUAAACUGAGUGUUUUUAUAUUAAAGAGUUACAUAAAAAAUAUUUAAUUAAUCAUAAACAAUGGAUAACAGCGGAGAAAGUGGAGAUGAUACUAACCCUCAACCAACAUCAUACUACACUGGCAGUGGAAUGCCUGCUAAUUAUGUCGGAGUUCCGUCAGACGAUCUUGAAGAUGAUCCAGAGAAUACUGAUGACUCAAAUCACGGCGGAGGUGACCCAUUGCACGGAGGAGGAAGUGGUGGACCAUCUGGUCCACUGCGUGAGCAAGACCGUUUCUUACCAAUAGCAAAUGUAGCUAAAAUAAUGAAAAAAGCGAUCCCUGAAGCCGGAAAGAUUGCAAAAGACGCACGUGAGUGUGUACAAGAGUGUGUUUCUGAGUUUAUAUCUUUUAUUACAUCAGAAGCUAGCGAUCGAUGUUUUAUGGAAAAACGUAAAACAAUAAACGGUGAAGAUAUUUUAUUCGCCAUGACAACACUGGGCUUCGAUAAUUAUGUAGAGCCGCUAAAAAUUUAUCUACAAAAAUAUCGAGAAGCUACCAAAGGUGAUAAUCCUCAAGGUUCAAGUACACCUUCUGGUAAUGGCAAGACUGAUGCAUCUAAUUUAACGCUUUAUGAUGAACAAGUAUAUAUUCCAAAUGCAUCAGAAACUGUUGUCUACACCUACGCAGGGACGGAUCAAAUGCAAUUUCCACUUCCUUGAUCUUUUGAUAAAUCUAAUGAUUCUUGGACUAAUCUGGAGAAUUAAAAUAAUUAUUAAAUCUAUCUUAAUGUGAUUUGUAUUCAUCAAAUACUUGUGAUUGAUAAUUAAUAUUAAUGAUCAUUUCAAUUUAUAAAAAU